AUGGUUGAUAUUGCACAAUAUCUCAAUGAUGAACUGGGAAUGGAUAAUCCGGCAGAUGACGUUAAUGAGAGUAUUGAAGAAGUGAACGCUCUGGAUGGUGCCAAACCUCUCUCUAUCCAGGAUAAAUCAACACUUACUGAUAUGGCAUCCAACAUCAAGGAAAAGGAAGUGUUACAGAAUAGUGAAAAUAGUGAAAAUAGUGAAACUGAGAACGACGCCGCUUCAAGUGAUUAUGACGGACCGCAAGAAUCAGGCGAAAAUGAUAAUUUGACCGAAUCAGCCUCUGUGAUUGCAGAAGGACAUCGAGUUAAUAAUGCGACGACUGAGGAGGUUCGAGAAGUGCUGUCUUCUGCCAAAGGAGUGGAGAGUAAUCGCGUUGCGAAACCUGUAGAACCAUCUUCAAAAAAUGAAGUGGUAGCUAAUGGUGCUGAUAUAACAGAACCUUCUAGGACUGUAAAUAAACAGAGUCCGAAGGCUAUUUCUAAUUCAGCUUCCACAGAAAAAUUUGAAGUAGUGAAUAGGGAUUCUCUCAAGCACAAUGCAACAACUUCAAAUGGCGAUAUUUCAAAAAGCACAGUACAGGAUCGUAUGGUAGAGUUAGAAAAGGAAGUAGAUGUUGAAGACGUGACAGAAACAUCUUUAUCAUCUUUUGUCAAUGUGGAAGUGCCAGAUACGAAGGCAGAAAUAUCACUGAUUGACAGCGACGAAGGAGUUUCCCCACCGGUUGAUGUCUCCUCGCCAGACGCUGGUGAACUUGGUGUAGAUCAGAUGACUGCUGAACUGGUAUCAAGUGAGAGGAAAAUGGAGGCAGAAAAUCUAGUAGAAACUGAUACAGCUAGCGUUAGUGCCAGUGACUUGAAACCGGACCACUUCAAGAUUUUAAAGACAACGUCUCCUAGUUUGGAUGACGAAAUCCUAUCUGAAAAUGCGGUAACCUGCAAUAUCGAGGAAAAGCAAUCCAAAGAAGAUGAUAAAUCAGCUGUGACUGACGGGACUACAUUAAAGAAUGGAAUUAAAGCCUCUUUGGCAGCCGGAGCAACAGUUUCUCUUAAUCAGGGUGUUGAAGAUGGAAAAGAAAAAGAAAUAACACCGAAGCUUGAAGCAGGCGAACCAAAAACUUCUGAUCCGAACGUUGCAGUUGAAGAUCCCAGUACACAUAUCGCAGAAAUGCCCGACGGUGAAGUUGAAGUGGAACAGAAUGUCGGAAAUAAAUUAACAGAAUCUAAGGCAAUUCAUGGAAAGCCUGUUGAACAUCCGGUGGACAUGAUCAGUUCUAACCCCAAAGAACACUCACAUCGCGACAGUCUAGAAAAUACUAAAGAAGAAACAUCAAGUGAAAAGGAAAUGCCUAUUGUGCUUGCCGCAGAAGACGAUUUUGAUCAGCCAGAGAAUGUAGAAGUUAUAGUACAUCCAAAAAGUAGUGUUGAGACCGUGGAAGAGCUGAGUAGUCCGGACCUCGCAACGAAGGAGCCACAACCUGUAAAAGAAGUAGCUACAUUUUUAGUUGACGAGAACGAGAGACGGACCAAGGGUGAGGGUGAAGAACCGAUUGUGGUCGUGCACGAUUCUUUAGUUAAGGAGACGGUGAAGCAGGGCAACAACGAAGAUGAAGAAUUGGUCGGGAUCAAGCAGGAAGGUUCAUUGAAAGAAAAAAGAGAAAUGGGCAGCGUCGAAGAUGCGCAAUUGGCUCCCGCCGAGCAAGGAGCUUCUGCCGAAAAGACAGAGAAAAUGAGCAGUGAACAGGACGGAAAAGCGACAAUCUCGGUGCCCGGGUCCCUCGUCAGUGACAAGGGUGAAGCAGCUAAAGUUGAAAAAUUGGAUGCGGUCAAGCAAGGAGCUUCAGUUGAGGAGCAGGAGAAAUCAGGCCAGGAUUAUGAUGAGAAAAUCACAGAGCUCGCGCAGAAUUCUGCUGUCGACGAAAUUGAGAAAUCAGACGAAGACGACAAAAAACUGGCCGCGGUCAACCGAGGUGCUUCUGUCCAUCAGCCGGAGGAAUUAGGCAGUGAAAAAAAUGACGAAGUCACAGGGUCCGAGCACAAACCCUUUUUCGAAGCGAAACAAGAACCGGGCGAAGAUACCCCCGCCAAAGACGAAAAAGAAUCGACCAAAGCAAAAGAAGUGGCCUCCGUGGGGGAUGCAAUAGCUGAUGUCCAGAGUUUUAUUGACGACGCGGUAAAAAAGUUGGUAAAGACGGAUCUUGACGACGAGCCUGUGGUCGUAACCAGGAAAGAUCUCGAAGAUCUCGAAGAUCUCGAAGAUGUUCAGGUUGGAACUGGCGAUGACGUCAGUUCUGGCAUCCCCACAAUCUCCGAAGUCCCUGGCACCAGCGCCGCUGGUGCAGAGGCCGCAGAUGGCUUCAAGAGCAUACUGGAUCAGGAUACGGAGGAGCUGCUCGCUAAACUAGAAAUGAUGGACGAUUCGGCUCUCUCGUCUCUUUUGAGCACUCUCGAGAGCGACAAAAGCAAAUCCAAGACGCAAGAAGCAUCGCACAUAAUAAGAACAAGCGAGAUUAGGGCCGAAAACGAGAAAAAACCUAUCUACAUCUACACGUCCUUGGCAGGUGGCGGGUUUCACAUGAUCCCGCGCACUAACCGACUGGUCACAAUACUGACGGCCAACCGCGUACAGUUCGAGUACAGAGACAUGGGCACGGACCCCGAGGCCAAGAGAGUAUGGAGACUGUAUAGCCAGCAGAAAACUCUUCCAGGAAUAGUCCGCGGACGAGAUGACUUUAUUGGAAAUUGGCAAGAUAUCGAGGAGGCCAACGAGGACUACAAAUUAAGGGAGCUACUAUACGAUACGAUUUAA